AUGCAUUCAUCGACAAGAAAACGUCUUGUGUCACAAUGGCCGAGAGGGCUGACCGCGGCCCCUCAUUCGCACAGCAGCAGUUCAUCGAGAAGUAUGAAGAACGAGGGACCAUAUGUGGCAAGUAUGACAGAACUCACACGAAAACAGAUUGAUCGUCUUCGCACCGUCCUUAACGAGACGGUGGAGAUUCAUGGGAAAGGAAAUUUCCCCACGAUUUCGGCUCGUCUUAUCGAUAUCAUCUCAUGUGUCAGGGACAAACUCAGGCAAGCUGGCAUGCCGCCAAAAUCGGUGAAACUCAAUGGAGGUGCAGCUUCACAUGUAGCAUCUGCUGACGAUUUCUCAUACGCUGAUCUUGAUCUCAUUUUCCCGAUGGAGGUGGAGAAUUCGGACAGUUUUGAUAAGGUUCGGGAGGCAGUAUUUGACACCAUCAUGGAUAUGAUGCCAUCCGCAAAUAAGACCAAAAUCAACGCCGACACGCUGAAAGAUGUCUACAUCGGCAAGAUGGUUAAGGUCUCUGGUGAGGACGAUCGUUGGUCGUUGUUCUCGCUACACAACGACUUUGGACGGUGUAUCGAGCUGAAAUUCGUCGACAAAAUGCGUCGGCAGUUCGAAUUUUCCGUCGAUUCGUUUCAAAUCACCCUCGAUUCACUGCUGGACGAUUUUAAUGCGCCUGAACCCAAGGUCUAUAUCGAAAGCAUGUUUGGUGAUGUACAUCAGGCGAUGUCUCAUCUGCACGAACGACUCAUCGAUACUCGCCGUCCUGAAGAGAUCCGUGGUGGUGGUCUACUUAAAUAUUGCCAUCUACUUACAAGAGGUUAUAAGGCAGCUCGACCAUCAAAAUGCCGACAACUUGAGAGGUAUUAA